AGUUUACGAAACUUGGACAGCUAUGACAUAUUUUCCGAAACCAUGGGAAUGCCCGAAGAUCCGCCACCAUCGGAGCUGACGGAAACAGACAGAAUUGUGAAAAUUGUCGGGGAUGUAUUCCUCACCUACCUAGCUGGCAUUGCCAUGAUUACGGGCAUCAUCACUAGUGUCCUAAGUCUCCUACUCUUUCGGCAGGAUUCGCGGACUUCAAGGAGCACACGCCUUCUGCUCUCAAUGGUUGCCCUCUCAGACUUUAAUCUGCUCGUAUCAGUCCUAUUUUUUUAUCUGGUCAGGGAAGCUAUUCCCAAAGACAGCCACAGCAAGGCGUUCUUUGAGCACCCAGUUGUCUUCAGUCUACUCUUCUACGUCUCCAAUGUUUUUGAGCUCUUUCGAAAUUGGCUUCUGGUAGUCAUCUCCUUUGAACGCCUCCUCUUCUUCAUCAAACCUGUCGAAGUUAAGACAUUCUGGCGUUACCAGACUGUAAAAGCGGUGAUUGCCGGGCUGGUGGGCUUUUCUCUGCUGGCUCGCCUUCCCAGUGGCGUCUACGCCUUUACGGAGAACUUCCGACCCAAACCGGCGGACAUCAACCGGGUCUCUAAACUCCUGCACACCGCUACCGACUGCGUCCUCCUGACCAGUCUGCCCAUCACGCUAAUGACGUGCAUUUGCAUUGUCACUACCAGUCGAAUACACCGUUUCAUGCGGACAAAACGGCGGCUCAAGAAGGUCUUUAUAAGUUUUUCUCUGCCCUCCAUUCCGGCCAGUGGUCUGCAGUUCUACAUUGCCUACACCGAUGUCCGAAGCUCGGUCCUGCUUUGGACAAUGCAGAUUUUGAGGGCAAUCGGAAAUUUUACUUCGAUGCUCAGUUCCACCUCCAACUUCUUUGUUUACAUUUUUCAGAGUAAACGAUAUAGGGCAAUCCUGGCGCAGAUACUACAUCUUGACAAAAUUUACCCAAGGCUAAAACAGGAAUCAACGAUUACACCUGCUUCCCUUAGAUGA